GGACAUAUGCAAAUAUUUAUGGACGAGUACUACAAUAGCUCUAUGGUAUUUUCACUGUCUGCCCCAAUUAUUAGACGAAGUUGACAGGUAAAAUGGAGGAGAAGAAGUUGUACGGGGACACUGGAUCCUACAUCAACAACUACGUACUUGUAGUCACCCUUGCUUCUUUGCUGGUGUAUAUUAUCUACCAAAGAAGGCAGGGGAAGAAGUAUAACUACCCACCGGGCCCUACUGGAUUACCCCUCUUUGGGAGCUUGUUCAGUUUGAUUCUUACGAAACGGCCACAGUAUGAGGUGCUGAAUGACUGGACAAGAAAAUUUGGAGAUGUGAUUUCCUUCAAGCUUCUGAACACCCGAUUUGUCUUAUUGAACAAUGAACAAAUGGCCCACGAUGUCAUGGGAUCGAUGGAUGUCAUGGGUCGAAUGCCGGUGGGAAUUAUAAAAGAGCUAGCAGGAACCGAGAAUGCAGGUAUUGCCUUCUGUAGUGGUCAGGUAUGGAAGGAGCAGCGUCGAUUCUUUCUCUCAGUCUUCAAAAGGUCGGAUUCUAAAGGGAUUGGGUUAGAAGAAAUCGUUGGAGCACAGGUAGUUUGUCUGCUAGCCGAGGUAGAAAAGAAGAACGGAACUGGCUUCGACCCAAAUUCGAUGGUCCAGACGUCUAUUAGCAACAUCAUUGCGAAAAUCAUCACCGGAGUCACCUACGAGUACGACGACGUGGACUUCAAUCGCCUCAUGGCGCACGCCAACCGUGUGUUUGAUUUGCUUGGGCCGGCGGGCCUUCUAUCUUCCGUACCGAUACUCUCUGCGCUUCCGACACCAGCGCUUCGGCAACUGACGAAAGAAUGGGAUGGAAUGUUGGAUUUCAUUAGGAAAAAUAUUGAAGACCAUAAGGUGGAUUUCAACCCGAACCAGGAGCCCAGGGAUUUUAUUGACAGCUAUAUGCAAGUAAUGGCAAACAUGAAGACAGAGAAUAACAAAGGCUCGUUCAAUGAAACCAACCUCUUGGCGUGUUCAUUCGAUCUAUUUCUUGGAGGGCUGGAGACGGCGUCCACUAUUAUCUCCUGGGCCCUCCAUACCUUGGCUAGCUACCCAGAAGAGCAACGUCGGGUUCGUCGAGAGAUCCUCGACGUCAUUGGCCAGGAACGUCGGCCACGUUUCUCCGACCGUCACAAGCUGCCUGUCACCAUGGCAACCAUUACAGAGUGCAUUCGUUUCCGACCGUCAUUCGACGUCCAGCUCGCCCACGUUGCCGAAAAUGAUGCCAAGGUUGGCGGGUACGACAUUCCGAAGGGUACCGUGGUUUCGGUGAAUAUGUCUCAUCUCUUCAUGAGUCCUUCCCUCUGGGAGGAGCCGCUUGAGUUUAGACCGGAUCGCUUCCUGGACGAGGAUGGGGAGUAUGAUAGGAAACGCGAACCGAUCUAUUUUGGAACAGGUCGACGGGUGUGUCCCGGAGAGCAGUUGGCACGGAUUGAGCUCUUUUUCAUUAUCACCUGUAUCUUGCAGCGAUUUACCAUCUCUCUCGCGGAAGGUGUCCCUAGAGAUCUUUCUUGCGACCACAGUUUUACCAAUCGACCAGAUCCUUUCAAGAUUCAUGCUAAGAAAAUAGUAUAGAGUGUGGCAAUUAUUGUGGGCAAUGUAGUUCCAUGAUCUGCGUUAUACAUUUUUAUACAAUUUUUUCAAUAUUUUCCAUUUCAUUAUACUUUUUUUCUUUUUAUUGUCUAUUUUGUAAUUUAUUCAUUUUCGUCCGUAAUUUUUAUUAUUUUAUUCGUUAUUUAUUUAACAUAUAUUAUUUUGGGGUGGUUUGAGUUUGUGUCUCUUUUUAACCCCACAGUCUUUUUUACCAUCAAUGUAUAUUGGGAAGAUCACACUGUUCACAGUUUGUUCAUAGUGUGUUCACUAUGGUGGCCCUGAAGGGACAUCGCAUAUAGACCAAAUCGCGAAUA